ACAAACAAAACCUCUCUCUUUACUUCGAAAUGGAAAAAUGAAAAGUACUUCUUCUUCUCUACUCUUUUUGACCUCAAAAACCCCCAAAUCAAACCCUAAACUAUCACAUUUCUCAAGCCCUGAUUCCAACUUCUCAUACAAAAUCUAAAAACCGUUAGUUUGAUAAAAUGGUAGGAACACUUUCAGGUCUACAAGAUCAUCUAAGAUUAGCUAGAGAAUAUGCCAAUGAAGGUCUUUAUGAUACCUCAGUUAUCUUCUUUGAUGGUGCAAUUGCUCAGAUCAACAAGCAUAUGAGUUCACUAGAUGAUCCAUUAAUACGAGCGAAAUGGAUGAACUGCAAAAAAGCAUUAACAGAUGAGAUAGAAACAGUAAAACAAUUAGAUACAGAGAGAAGGAAUUUGAAAGAAUCAUUAGGAAAUAAUAGUACUAAUAUUAGACGUGCUAAUUCACCACCAAUUUCAACUAAGGGUUCAUUUGUUUUUCAACCACUUGAUGAAUAUCCAACUUCUUCGAAUGCACCACCAAUUGAUGAUCCUGAUGUUUGGGCACCACCUAAUCGAGGAGAUAAUGGAAAUAGAAGAGGACCUAAUACUAGACAAAUGGGUACGAGAAAAUCAGCUCAAGAUCCUACUUGGGCUCGUAGUAGUUCCACUAGAGGUGGAGCUGCUACUGGUCGUGGUGGAAAGGCGACUAAUAGUGCUAGAUCUACUGGGGCUGGAGUUCGAUCAUCAGUUGCUUCUGGAACUACUGGAAAGAAAGCUGCUGGUUCUAGCAAAUCCAAUUCGGGCAAGAGUGAAUCAGCGACCGAUGAAUCUGAAGAGAAGAAGAGGCCAGAGUAUGAAGGGCCUGAUCCUGAAUUGGCGGCGAUGCUUGAGAGAGAUGUCUUGGAGACCAGUCCUGGAGUUAGAUGGGAUGAUGUUGCUGGACUUAAAGACGCCAAAAGACUUUUGGAGGAAGCUGUUGUUCUUCCUUUAUGGAUGCCCGAGUAUUUCCAGGGAAUUAGAAGGCCAUGGAAAGGUGUGCUUAUGUUUGGUCCGCCUGGUACUGGAAAGACACUCUUGGCUAAGGCAGUUGCUACAGAGUGCGGCACAACAUUUUUCAAUGUUUCCUCUGCUACUUUAGCUUCAAAAUGGCGUGGGGAGAGUGAACGUAUGGUUCGGUGCUUGUUUGAUCUGGCCAGAUCUUACGCACCAAGCACAAUCUUCAUUGACGAGAUUGAUUCUCUUUGCAAUUCCAGAGGGGCAUCAGGGGAGCAUGAAUCUUCGAGAAGGGUGAAGUCGGAACUUCUUGUACAGGUAGAUGGAGUCAAUGCAAGCACUCCUGGCGAUGAUGGUGCACGCAAAAUAGUGAUGGUCUUGGCAGCUACCAACUUUCCAUGGGAUAUCGAUGAGGCUCUUAGGAGGAGGCUGGAAAAGAGAAUAUAUAUCCCUCUCCCGAAUUUCGAGAGUCGAAAAGAGCUUAUCAAGAUUAAUUUGAAAACUGUUGAGGUGGCCCCUGAUGUUAACAUUGACGAUGUAGCCCGACGAACAGAGGGAUACAGUGGGGACGAUCUCACAAAUGUUUGCCGAGAUGCAUCUUUAAAUGGAAUGAGGCGUAAGAUAGCAGGUAAGACACGUGAUGAAAUCAAGAGCAUGGCGAAGGAUGAUAUAUCAAAUGACCCAGUUGCAAUGUGUGAUUUCGAAGAAGCUCUAAAGAAAGUUCAAAGAAGUGUUUCUCCAGCUGAUAUAGAACGCCAUGAAAAGUGGUUCCAUGAGUUUGGAUCUGCAUGAUAUUGUUUCUUCUACGAAGAAUGUGUAGUGUGGUUAAUGUUUGUUGUUGUUUUUUUAAUCCCUUUUUAGUUUGCUGAUCAACAAUUUGCUCCUUUUAUCAACGUUUUCCACUUUUCAGAGUUGUUGAGCAUGAAGGUUGUGUGGUGUUCAAGGGAUUGACUGUUCUAUUUUAUGUUUCUAUACAUGUAACCCCAUUUACGCAAUUCCAGUAAUAGAAAAGAAAACCAGUUUCUAAUAGAAAAGACUUAUAGAUUUUUGGAAUUUUAGAUAA